AUGGGCGGGCCUGGUGUCGGUGUUGGUGUCGGUGUCGGCAUCGGCGUCGGCGUCGGCGCGGCCCCGGCUCCCGGCACGGGCUCGACGCCGUCGUUCCGCGCGCCGUUCCUCUCCCCCGCCUCGCGCCCGUCGUCCAGCCUCUGGUCCCCGCCCGCGCACGCGUUUGCCACCGCGCCGCCCCUCCCGCACGCCGCGGGCACCGGCACGGCCUCUGUGGCGUCGCUCCCGCUCCUGCUCCCGGGGCCGAAGCCGCCGCGCCCGACGACGCUGCUCGCGCGCAAGCUCUCGACGAGCGACAAGCCGUGGCUGCGCGCGCGCGAGCGGCGCACGGCGCUCGGGUGGUGGGCGACCGCCGCGCUGUUCCUCGCGGGCGUCGGGCUCGCGGGCGUGCUGUGCUGGCGCGGGUACGUGGACGCGGGCGCGGGGCUGAUCGACCCCCGGAACCUGUGCAGCGUUGUGGUGGACGAGUUCGAUUCGGCGGAUGGGAGCGUGGACGGGUCGAUUUGGGAUCGGGAGGUCGAGCUUGGCGGGUUUGGGAACGGCGAGUUCCAGAUGACGACGGCGUCGUCGAAGAACCUGUUCACGCGCAACGGCGAGCUGUACAUCCUUCCGACGCUCACGUCCGACGAGAUCGGGUACACCUCGGGCGUGCUCGCGGGGUACACGUACGACCUCCCCGGCUGCACGUCGACCAACGCGUCCGCGUGCACCGCGUCGUCCGUCGCGAACAACAGCGUCGUGAACCCCGUGCAGAGCGCGCGCCUCACGACGCGCAAGUCGUACUCCAUCCGCUACGGCCGCGUCGAGGUCCGCGCGAAAAUGCCGCGCGGGGACUGGCUCUGGCCCGCCGUGUGGAUGCUCCCCGUCAAGGACGUGUACGGCGCGUGGCCCGUCAGCGGCGAGAUCGACAUCCUCGAAGCGCGCGGCAACGCCCCGUCCUACCCCGCGCAGGGCAACAACGUCGUGCGCAGCACGCUCGCCUGGGGGCCCCUCCCGUCGCUCGUCGCGCGCCUGUACGGGUGGCAGGCGCGCAAGCGCGCGCCCUUCGCCGCGGGCUUCCACACGUACGCGCUCGAGUGGACGGCCGACUUCGUGCGCGCGUACGUCGACUCGCGCCUGCACGCGAUGCUGGACUUGCGCGUCGGCGCCAAGGGCGGGUUCUGGGCGGCGGGGAAGUUCCCGGCGACGGCGGUGAAUGGGAGCGCGGAGGUCGUCGUGCAGGACCCGUACCAGGGCAGCGCGAGCGCGCCGUUCGACCAGAACUUCUACCUCAUCCUCGACCUCGCCGUCGGCGGCACGAGCGGGUGGUUCCCGGACAACGUUGGCGGGAAGAUGUGGUAUGACGGCUCCGCCAGCGCGAUGGUCGACUUUGCAAAGGCGCAGUCGACGUGGUACGCGACGUGGCCCGCGAGCGACGAUGAUCGCGCGUUGAGAAUCGACUACGUCAAGAUGUGGCAGCUGUGCUGA